AUUGUUUCAAAGACUCGCUAGAUAUCUAGCAGACGGUUCGGUCCUAUAGACGACGGCGCGCGUUCGUUUUCGCGAUACAUUGACUUGACGGCGUCCCGACGACGUGAGUGUGUUUCUGUUUCCGUUUUGUUAGCGUCUUUUGUUUCCGGCUUGCUACCCGGAAUUUUUAAUUUUUUUUUUCUGUGCAUGAAUGUCUUUUUUUCUGUGUUUGGGUAGCUGAGAUUUGUUGAAUAAAUUUCACCUCCUACCCUACGAUGAACUGUUCGUCCAACGAAACCCUCCGAAAGAAAAUCGAAACAUAAACUCAUAUUAAGCUCUAAAAAAACUCUUUUCCUAUUACUAAACUUUUACGUCUCAAAUUUUAUAAAAACAAACAAAAUGAGUUCGGUCCUACUAGAAGCUCGGCCCUUCAGGCCUUUCAAAUCCAGCGAGGAGUACCUCUACGCGAUGAAAGAAGAUUUAGCGGAAUGGCUUCAAACCAUGUAUCCACACUUGAACAUCGCCGUGGAUAAUUUUAUGGAAAAGUUGGAGACUGGAGUUGCUUUAUGCGAGCACGCCAAUGCAGUCAAAGCUCAAGCUGUGGAAUAUGUUGAGAAAAAACAAGCUAGACAGGACAAAAAGGCAAUGACAAGGUCUGUUACUGGAGCUCUGGCGCAAGCGCAAAGCCUUAUAAGGAUUUCAGACGUUAAGUACUUUUCGACUGCUAAGCCUGGAACUUUCUUUGCUAGAGAUAACGUCAGCAACUUCAUAAACUGGUGCCGCUUUUGCCUAGAAAUAAUCGAGUGCCUUCUCUUUGAAUCCGAUGACCUAAUUAUGAGAAAAAACGAAAAACACGUCGUCCUUUGUUUGCUUGAAGUAGCCAGGCGCGGUGCUAGGUUUGGUAUGUUGGCACCAAUGCUCGUCCAAAUGGAACGACAAAUCGAUCGAGAAAUCGCCGCAGAUCAGAAGAAACUCGGUUUUAAUGAUGGAAAUGAUAACAACAAUGAGCUGGAUGAGGACAGCGAUAGCGAGUUCGAAGAAGAAGCACCUAUGAUGUACGGACCGGUACCGCAAAUUGUCACCAACGAUUUAAAAAGUCUUGACGAAAUGGUUAGAGAUUUGGUAGCAGAAUGUACUUGCCCCACCCAAUUUCCUAUGAUCAGAGUUUCAGAAGGAAAAUACAGAAUCGGAGACACUAAAGUUUUGAUUUUCGUUCGAAUUCUAAGGAAACACGUAAUGGUCAGGGUGGGUGGUGGCUGGGAUACCUUGGCCCACUAUUUGGACAAACACGACCCUUGCAGAUGCAGGGCGCAGCACAGACCAACCCAGAGUGCCAGGCUGGUACCUGGUAGGGCACCCGACUUACAUGGAUCACAUGUUUAUUAUGAUAGAACUGCAGUAUCUCCUGCCUCGCUUCCACCAACAAUUAACGGCGUAGCCAAUAAUACUCACAGCUUAGGACCUCCAAUGAACUCACUAAACCGAUCCAGAUCCAGGUCCCCCUCACAUCUCUCCUAUAUUGACCCUAGGAGGUCGGUAAGUCCCAACUUUCCCAGGAAGAGCUUAGUACCCCCAUCGCAGCAUAACAGGUCUAGAAGUCCUACUCCCAAUUUCACUUCCACCCACCACGCCAAAAUAUCUACAAAUAAAAGUCCACAGCACGUGAAGAAUUCUGGACCACAGAGCUUACCCUUUUUCCCGACUUCGCCCAAGUCCAAACAUGUUGCCAGUUUAAAUAUUCCAGUUGAAACCACUAAGGUACUAAAGUCAGAAGCUAUCCUGCAAGUGAACAGCGAGUCUCAUAGCAGCGACAACCACAGCGACACUUCCUCACAAAUGUCCGAUGAAGGUUACAGAAGUCUUGGGAUACAUGACAAAAAUAAAAAAAGAUCUUCUGUCUAUAGUCAAAAUUCUGCUGACGAUGUAGAAGAAAAUGAUCAUCAAAAUAUCUAUACAGAAGAUGAGCUAAACGAUUUUGGGCUUCGCAAGACCAAUUUUUCACAAAGGAUUUAUGAGAACGACCCUAAACUGAGAAGAACUCCAGAACCCACCAGAUCGGUUCCACAGUCCCCCACUACUGAAACUGAUGCCACCGAGUCAAUUUUGUUGCAGAAACAAAAGCCUAGUCAGAAUAUUGUCCAUCACCCUAGUUCGGUCAAAAGCAUUCCCAAACUGGAAGAUCGACCAGCUCUAAGCCGUACCAGUAGCUCGGAUAAAGUUAUGAGCCCCAAGAAAACUAUCUCAUCUACCGCAACGUCUAAAAAAGGUCUUCCGGAUAGUAAAACUGCUACCUGGAGUGGUCGCCAACGUCCUGCCAGACCGAGCGUCAACGCCGACACGUUUGUGUCACCUUUCCAGAGAAACGUUAAUGGAAGAAGAAGUGUAUCGGCCGUGGGCGAACGACGAACCUCACUAUCAGCAAACUCCUCGCCAACGAAAAGUCGCUUGAAGCAAGAGCUCCUGAACGCAGUCAAAAAGGCUGACGAUGAUGAAGUUAUGACUUUACAGAUCAAAGAAGUUCUUCGCAAAUACGGCUCGGUUAGUGUUCUAGACAACGAAGAUGACUACACGACCCCAACCAGUCGCCAAUCGUCACCGUUCACAAGACAAAACACUGAAAGAAUGUCCUCUAGAAGUCCCAGGAAAGAUUCCAGACAGGACAAUAACUUGUCCAGGAUACCAGCCCCAAUAGUCCACCGAGCUUAAAAAUUUAAUUUUAUAUGUAGUUUAGAUGUUUGGUGCUAAUAUUUAGUUAUAGCUAAGAUGUAAGUCCAAAAUGAAGAUACACAUAUGCAACACAGGGCGGUUCUCAGGAAAUCUACUGAUCCUGUUUCUUACAUCGCUGCAGUAAUAGAGACAACAUUCUUUUUUUUAAUUGGGAUACCUUUUAUAGUAUUAUAUUUGGAUCCUAUGAAAAUGUUGGGAAAUUUGAUGGAUCAAAGGUUGAUACUGUAGGAUUUCAACUGCAUCAGACACUAUCAUAAUGUGUCAUACAUUUUUUUCAUAAAAUCCAAAAAUCUACUAGUAUAAACGAUGUUUAAUUAAACAGUUCCAGGAGGAUCGCUUUGUAAAAAUCACAAAAGUUUCAGCGUCAUUCCAGCCUAAAGGAAACUUUUGCUUGAAAUUGGUUUACCAGUACUAAGCUUUAAUUUUAUUGUAGAUAGGUAAGCAUGUUAAUUACAUUUUUGCGUUACAAGGUGUAUGAUUUUCCGGGACACCUUGUAAAAUGAAGCGAUUAUUUUAUUAAUUUUGAACCUUUUUUUAGAAACAAUAGACAAGUGUUCUAAACUUUAUUGCCUAUUAUAUAAGGUGGUUAUUUAAAUAUAUUAUUUACUAACAAUCCUAUUACGUUAUACAGGAUGGUCAUUUGGAAAAUCAAUCCAUCGAUUAUAAAUUUAAAAAAAAAGGAAACUUUGUUUAGUUUCAAGGAUAUAAUGAAGAUAUAAGUAAAGCUUAUCAGAGACCAUCUUGUAUAUAUACCUGCUGGUUGCAAAAAAAAUGUCAUAUAAAAAACAUUUUUGUUGCACCAUAAAAAAUAUUAACAAAUUUAAUCAAAAAAAAAAUUAUAUAUGUAGUAGGAAUUGACAUAUAGAGAAGAGCUCAAUUAUGCAAAACAAGAGAGUGAAAAAUAGUUUUUUAGACAUUCCAAUUUUGAUACUAAAUUUUUGAUAGCACAUGGGAAUGUAGAGAAAAAAAAUAUUUGUCAAAUUUUAAUUUCAAAUAUUUCUUAUGAUAAAUCGGUUAUAACAUCAUCUAAGUUAUAUAAUGUGAAUUUCUUUUCUUUUUCAACGAAAUUUAUUAUAGUUCUUUUAUAGACUAUAAGUAUAUACUUAUUUGGUUUUAAUUAUUUUAACCAAUUAUAUUAUAUUUUAUUAUCUUUACUUUAUUGUUGCAUUUUUUCAAUUAAACUAAUACGAAAUUGA